CAUUCGCAAGACAAUCAUUCUCAAGAUUUCUCUCUUUGACUCUUUCACAGGCUUGCUCUCGCUGAGACUGAUUUCAAGAUGCCUUCAGCAGACGCCCAGCCCAGAACCCUCUACGACAAGGUCUUUCAAGACCACAUUGUCAAUGAACAACCAGAUGGCACUGUUCUCUUGUACAUCGACAGACAUCUCGUUCACGAAGUAACCUCUCCACAAGCCUUUGAAGGGCUAAGAAACGCAAAGAGAAAAGUCCGCAGACCAGACUGCACCCUUGCCACCACCGAUCACAAUGUCCCUACAACCCCGCGCAAAAACUUCAAGAACGUCGCAGAGUUUGUCAAAGAGGACGACUCGCGGUUACAAUGCAUGACUCUGGAGGAGAAUGUCAAAGACUUUGGCCUCACGUACUUUGGCCUUGGAGACAAGAAUCAGGGUAUUGUGCACAUUAUCGGUCCGGAGCAGGGCUUUACUCUACCCGGCACCACGGUCGUGUGCGGUGACAGCCACACAUCCACACACGGUGCCUUUGGCGCACUCGCUUUUGGUAUCGGCACCAGUGAAGUCGAGCAUGUCCUGGCCACACAAUGCUUGAUCACGAGGAGGAGCAAGAACAUGAGGGUCCAGGUCGACGGCAAAUUGGGACCUGGAGUCAGCAGCAAAGAUAUCAUCCUCCAUGUCAUCGGUGUCAUCGGUACCGCGGGCGGUACUGGUGCGGUCAUCGAAUUCUGCGGGUCCGCUAUCCGUGGUCUGAGCAUGGAAGCCCGCAUGUCUAUCUGCAAUAUGUCCAUCGAAGCCGGCGCCAGAGCAGGCAUGAUCGCCCCAGAUCAGAUCACAUUCGACUACCUGAAAGGGCGACCAUUGGCACCAAAGGUCGACAGCAACGAGUGGAAGAAAGCCGUGAAGUACUGGUCCAGUCUGAAAUCGGACGACGGCGCCAAGUAUGACGUUGAAGUCUUCAUCGACGCAAAGGACAUUGCCCCUACAGUGUCUUGGGGUACUUCACCGCAGGACGUCGUACCGAUUACUGGUGUUGUCCCGGGCCCCGAUGACUUUGAGGACCCCAACAGACAAGCUAGCUGCAAGCGUGCUCUGGAAUACAUGGGCCUGACGGCUGGCACAAAGAUGGAGGAUAUCGUGCUGGAUAAAGUCUUCAUCGGAUCCUGCACUAACGCACGAAUUGAAGAUCUUCGCCUGGCUGCAAAGGUUGUAGAGGGCAAGAAAGUCGCUCCGAACAUCAAACGGGCCAUGGUCGUGCCUGGCUCAGGCAACGUCAAAAACCAAGCUGAGAGCGAAGGUCUGGACAAGAUUUUCAUUGACGCUGGCUUCGAAUGGCGUGAGGCCGGCUGCUCUAUGUGCCUCGGCAUGAACCCGGACAUCCUGUCACCCAGAGAACGCUGUGCAAGCACAUCAAACCGCAAUUUCGAAGGCCGACAGGGUGCCCUGGGCCGGACACAUCUCAUGUCGCCCGUCAUGGCUGCUGCGGCGGCCAUUGUCGGCAAAUUGACCGAUGUCCGCCAACAUCACGACGAUGCCGUAUCCGUCAAAGGCUCUCCAAAGCUCGACGUCAUGCCCGAAUUCGCAGAGGUCGACUCGGAAGAGGAACUCGACCGCAUCCUUGACAUCCCAACCGACGUUGGCCCCCACGCAAACCACAGUGGCGCGCCCAGCGUCGGCGGCCUGCCCAAGUUCACGGUGCUCAAGGGCAUUGCUGCUCCUCUGGACAAGGCCAACGUCGACACCGAUGCCAUCAUCCCCAAACAAUUCCUCAAGACCAUCAAGCGCACCGGUCUGGGCUCCGCGCUCUUCCACCCACUCCGCUACAACGAGGACGGCAGCGAGAACCCAUCUUUUGUACUCAACCAAGAACCGUACAGACAUGCCAAGAUCCUCGUUGUCACCGGUCCGAAUUUUGGGUGCGGUAGUUCUCGAGAGCACGCGCCCUGGGCACUCCUGGACUUUGGCAUCAAGUGCGUCAUCGCACCCAGCUACGCCGACAUCUUCUUCAACAACACCUUCAAGAACGGCAUGUUGCCGCUCAUCAUGCCUGACCAGGCGAAGCUCGAGAAGAUCUCCGAGGAGGCCAAAGCUGGCAGGGAGGUCGAGGUCGAUUUGCCGAACCAGGUGAUUCGCGAUGCGGAUGGUAAUGAGCUCGCACGCUUCGAUGUCGAGGAGUUCCGCAAGCACUGUCUCGUAGAGGGCCUGGACGAUAUCGGGUUGACGAUGAAGAUGGACGAUAAGAUUGCGAGCUUCGAGCAGAAGAGGACUCUCGAUACCCCUUGGUUGGACGGUAGUGGAUAUCUGAAGAAAUGGCGCAAAGGCCCCGUCAAGGUCGAGGCUGCUCCUGUGCCCAAGACGAAUCGUGGCGAAGUCAAGACCGAUCCUGUCGAGUGGUGAUGGGAGUUGGACUGGGAGGGACACUCACGACACCGUGGUUCCCGCGACCGCGACCGCGAUAUGGUUGGCGGGAGACAAAAUACAAAAAGCUUAAGGCUUGUCGUUUACCAUACUACGUACCUGGUAUGAUAGUCAAGGCGCUCGAUGGGUGGGAAAAACGAAGGUCCUGUUACAAUGAUGUCUCUAGUCUUGCUGAUGCAGUUGAUGUUGGUAUAUUCCGUGCGGAGGUGUAUGCCUUGGUCGGACACGUUGCGCUGGUAUUAGGGUCUUUGAUAUUCGGUACUUUCGAGUGUUACCAUGAACGGAGGAGAGAUGAUUCAGAUUCAGAUAUUUGCAAGCAACGUGUCGACUUCGUUCUCGUUCUGGUUCUCGG